AUGUGGAAGAGAUCGUUUACUACUAGCAGGUCGCUGUUAUGGAAGAAUGCUGGUAAUGGCAACAACAAGAGAAGUUCUUUUGAUAAAUAUUUAGCAGUGGAGACUCCCAAAAAGUCAUGGCAAUCUAAUAAGAAUGGGUCACGAUUCUCUAAGAAUAGUAGUAGUAAUAAAGAAGAAUGGUUUAAAUCUAAGUAUGCCCAUGUACAUGCCAGACAGAAACGGGAACCUAUUAGAGACCCCUAUGGAAAGAAAGCUGCUCAUGAGGCCAAACUAAGUAAGAUUAAAGAAGAUUCAAAACUGCAAAGAACUGAACAUCGCCAAAGCUUUUCAUAUAAUGGUAGAACCAUGGACAAGUUACAAAUGAACCCUUUGUUAGAGUAUGUGUUUGGUACAAAUAGUGUCAUGGCUGCAUUGACUAAUCCAAGAAGACAUUCGUUCAAUAAAUUGUAUUAUUACGGUAAUGAUUCAUUAGAAUUAAUAACUAAUAAAUUGAAAGAACUUAAAUUAGAUGUACCAUUACAAGAAUCCAAUAAACAUGAAUUGAAUCAAUUGAGUAAAUUCAAUCUCCAUAAUAAUAUUGUUCUUGAGACCAAACCGUUACAAAAUACUGAGAUCAAACAUCUAGGACCCGUCAUACAACAAGAAGAAACCGAAUCCUCAACUUUCCAAGUGAGUUUAGUGAAUCAAAAUGAAGUUCCAAUAUUUGCAGAUGAAGUAGUCACUGAGAAACAAAACCAAAAUGCAAACGAUAUACUGAAACAAGUUCCUUUCGAUACAAAACUUAGCCAGGGGAAACGGUUCCCUGUUGGGAUAUUCCUAGAUGAGGUGAUGGACCCACAUAACGUCGGUGCCAUUAUAAGAAGUGCAUAUUUCCUUGGGGUCGAUUUCAUAGUGAUGACCAAGAAAAAUAGUUCUUCGUUGACUCCAGUGGUAUCGAAAGCAAGUAGUGGAUCGAUGGAAUGGGUACCCAUAUACCAUGUCGAUGACCCUGUCCAGUUUUUCAAAGAAUCACAACUAGAUACAAAUGGUAGUUGGACAUUUAUUACAAGUCAUUGCACAAGUGGAUCCACAGAAAAACCUGUGACACAGUUCAUCAAGGAUAAGACUUUAGCAAUUGUGGACCUCGAUGGAAUGCUACAAAGAUCACCAACGAUGCUCGUAAUGGGGAACGAAGGCUCUGGAGUACGCUCCAGUCUAAUCCAAAUAACUGACUACUUAGUAGAGAUCCCUUUCAACGGCCCACAGAGUCCAACCAUCGCAAGCACUGUAGACUCCCUCAACGUAAGUGUUGCAACUGCAAUCCUCAUCAACCAUCUCCUACCUUGUCCAUAG